AUGUAUUGUGUUCAAACAAUUGUAGCAUAUAUUUUUAUUGUGUCAGUUACUGUAUUUGCUCAAGAUAUUACAUAUGGAGACACAUUCCAUCAGUGUCCACAGCAUUGGCUAAAAUUUCAGGAGUCAUGCUAUCGUUUUGAUCUUCUUACAAUUUCUUCCUUGGAAGAACAUGGAUUUAUAUUAUAUCAAUUAUUAUGGCAAGAUCCUCAACAUCGUAAAUGGUAUACUGGUGUAAAGAAUCAAAAUGGAAAUUGGGUAAAUGAAGCUGAUAAUACUCAAUUAUUAAAUAUGGAUAAUGCAUUUUUACCAGAACCAAAUGAUAACAUACUCAAUAAAGAUUAUCUGGUAUAUGCUUACCAUAAUAAUUUACAACGUUGGGGACUAGAAAAAGUAACUGGCAGAGAGAAGUUAUUAUAUAUUUGUGAAGCCCCAAUUUCUAAUUUACAUAACUUAGUAGAUUAUGAUCGUACUUACCAAUAUGGUAUUGAAAUAGAUAAUCCUAAUGAAGUACCUAGAGGACCAUAUUUUAUUAAACAACCUACAGAUAAAAUAUUUGAUGUAUCAACAAGAAAAAUAAGUAAUGAUGUUUCAUUGAGCUGUUUGGCAGGUGGUUAUCCUGCUCCAACAUAUGAAUGGUUUAAAGAAGAUUAUGAGAAUGACAGAUUAAUUGCCACAAAAAUAAAUCCACUAAACAAUACUAGAUAUACUGUAAGUGGUGGUACUUUAAUAAUUUAUGAACCUGAUCAGACAGAAGACAGGGGUUCAUACCAUUGUAAAGCAACAAAUAAGUUUGGUAUAAUUAUAUCAGAAAGUGUGGAAUUGUCAUUUGGAUAUAUUUUAGAAUUCAAUUUAAAACGUUCAGAAGAACGUGGAGAUCAAAAUUGGGGUAAAGCUGUAUAUUGUGAUCCGCCGCAAAAUUUUCCUGGAGUAAAAUAUUACUGGGCACGUGACUAUUUCCCUAAUUUUGUGGAAGAAGAUAAACGUGUCUUUGUUUCCAAUGAUGGUGCACUUUAUUUUUCUGCAUUGGAAAUGAUUGAUCGCGGGAAUUAUUCUUGUAAUGUUCAAAGUGUUGCAUCUGAUACUGGUCGUAACGGACCAUUCUUCCCUUUAAGGGUUGAUCCACACCCUUCUUUUCAACAAUUGAAGUUCCCCAACAAUUUUCCAAAAGUAUUUCCAGAUGCCCCAAUUGCAGGAGAGGAAGUUAGAUUUGAAUGCAUUGCAUUUGGAUAUCCUGUUCCAUCAUACAAUUGGACAAGAAGAGGGGCAUCACUACCACGUGGAACAUACACAACUAGUUACAAUCGAGUAUUAAUAAUACCAAAAGUACAUGUUGAUGAUCAAGGAGAGUAUAUUUGUAAAGUUCAUAACGACAGAUUAUCGAUCGAAAACUCUGUCAGGCUAACCAUUCAAGCAGCUCCUAAUUUUACCAUUCCAUUGGUGGAUAAACAUAUGGAUAAUAGAGGAGAGUUAACUUGGACUUGUGAAGCAUUUGGAAUACCAGAUGUAACUUAUAGUUGGUUUAGAAAUGGUGAAAUAUUAGAUAUGGAAACUCUUCCUUCUGAUGAUAAAGAUCGAUAUUCUAUACAAGACAAUGUUUUAAGUAUAAAAACUUUAAAUCCAGAACAAGACCAGGCUAUGUAUCAAUGCCGUGCAAAAAAUCAAUUAAAAACAAAGUACUCAUCUGCACAACUUAGAAUUUUAUCACUAAAACCAUCUUUUAAGAAACGACCUAUGGAACCCGAAACUUAUGCAGCAGAAAAAGGUAAUGUUACAAUCUUGUGUAAUCCUGAAGCUGCACCCAGACCAAAAUUUGUUUGGAAAAAAGAUGGAAAUGUCAUUGGUUCUGGUGGUAGACGUAGGAUUUUAGAAACUGGCAAUCUCAUAAUUAGUCCCGUUUCAAGAGAUGAUGAAGGCACGUAUGUUUGCACUGCAACGAAUCAAUAUGGAAAUGAUGAAACUCGUGGACGGCUAAUAGUACUACGUGGUCCACAAUUUCUGAAUAAGUUACCACAACUUAUACAAAUGGCAGUUAUGCAAAAUCAAACUUUGCGUUGUAUGGGAGAAGUAGAUGAAAUGCUAGAUGUAGCAUAUAUUUGGAAACAUAACGGUUUACGUAUUAGAGAUGAAGAUUUAGUAAAUAAUCCUAGAAUAACUAUUGAUGCUGAAGAACUUAACAUAAUAAAUGCUACAUUCGCAGAAGCGGGAGAAUAUGAAUGUAUAAUUAAAAGUGCAGUAGGUGAAAUAUCUAGUAAAACAACAGUUACAAUAGAAGGACCACCAGGACCACCUGGUGGUGUAAAAGUUGAAAAUAUUGUAAAAACUUCUACAACUCUACGUUGGACUGAUGGUGCUUUUAAUGGUAGACCUAUUACUAUGUAUACUGUUAGUGCAAGAACAAAUUGGAAUCAUACAUGGUUUAAUAUCAUAGAAAAUAUUACUGCUACUGAAGUAGAUAGAUAUAAUGGUAGAAAAGAGGCUUAUUUGGAGAAUGUUUUAAAUCCUUAUACUACGUAUGAAUUUUGUGUAUCUGCUUAUAACGAAUUAGGGUACAGUCCACCUUCAUCGCCUUCUCCGCAGCACAGUACUCCAUCAGAUAAACCGACGAAGAUUCCAUCUAAUAUAGGUGGAGGAGGAGGGAAAAUUGGAGACCUUACGAUAAUGUGGGAUCCUUUACCAGCUUCUGAUCAAAAUGGUCCAGGAAUCUAUUAUAAAAUCUUUUGGCGUCGAAAGUAUCAUGAGACAGAGUUUCAAUCGUUAUCUUUAAAAGAAUAUGGUAAUGUUGGUAGAAGUGUCGUUCAAAUACCACAACAAUACUAUUAUACAGAAUACGAAAUCAAAGUCCAAGCUGCUAAUGCAUUGGGUUUUGGACCAAUUUCUAAUGAAGUUACAAUAUUUAGCGCUGAAGACAUGCCCCAAGUAGCUCCUCAACAAGUUGCUGCACUCAGUUACAAUAGCACUAGUUUAAAUGUUAGUUGGUCAGGAAUUGAACAGACUCGUGAAAGAAUACGAGGCAAACUGAUAGGUCAUAGGAUAAAAUACUGGAAAGAAAGUAAUAGAGAAGAAGAUGCAGUAUAUUAUUUGUCUAGAAGUACAAGACCUUGGGCUCUUGUAGUUGGUUUGCAACCUGAUACUUAUUAUUACGUUAAAGUAAUGGCUUAUAAUUCGGCUGGAGAAGGCCCCGAGAGUGAACGAUAUUUAGAAAGAACUUUCCGCAAAGCACCACAAAAACCACCAUCUUCUGUCAAUAUAUACGGCGUAAAUCCUUCAACAGUUCGAGUUGUAUGGCGUUAUGUACAACCAAGUUUAGAAGAAGAACCAUUAAUAGGUUAUAAAAUACGUGUUUGGGAGUUAGAUCAAGAUAUGAGUACUGCGAAUGAUACUAUUAUACCUGGUGGUUCGAAAUUAGAAGCUGAUAUUACGAAUCUCAGUCCUGGUAAAGCAUACCAUUUACGUGUUCUUGCAUUUAGCAAUGGUGGAGAUGGACGUAUGUCAAGUCCAACGCAUACAUUCCAAAUGGGCGAUGCAGCUGCUUUUAGGAGUAGUGCUAGUAAGAAGAUUUGGAAUGUUACUUUAAGUAUAUCAUUGCUAUUAUUAUUAAGAAUUUAGAAAAACGUGUUAAACAUGUUGCGAUUUGCAAGCCGAAAAUUGUGUUUAAUUCAGAUGUUAAAUAAAACUUUAAAAUUGAAUACAAAGCAAACGAGAUGUUUGAAUUUACUCGAAUAUCAAAGUAAGGAGCUUUUAAGAGAUUGUGGAGUUUCUGUACAAAAUUUUGCUAUUGUGGAUGACCUAAGUAAAACAAGUUCUGCUUUAGAACAAUUACAUGCAGAUGAAUAUGUUAUAAAAGCACAGGUGUUAGCUGGUGGUCGUGGGAAAGGAUGGUUUGAUAAUGGUUUCAAGGGAGGUGUACAUCUUACAAAGGACCGUAAAGCAGUUGUAGAUUUUGUGAAAAAUAUGUUAGGUCAUCGUCUUAUUACAAAACAGACUUCAAAAGAUGGCAUAUUAGUGCAAAAAAUUAUGAUAGCAGAAUCUGUAAAUAUUGCACGUGAAACAUACAUUUGUAUUCUUAUGGAUAGACAGCACAAUGGCCCUGUAUUAAUUGCUUCACCAGCAGGUGGUAUGGAUAUUGAGACAGUUGCUGAAAAAACUCCAGAAUUAAUAAAAACAGUACCUCUUGAUAUAUAUUAUGGAAUUGAUGAUGAAAUUGCUAAAGAUGUUAGCACAUUUCUUGGUUUUGUGGAUCCAGCAAUACAACAGAAAUCAAUGUUUGAAUUAAAAAAUUUGUGGAAACUAUUUGUAGAUAUUGAUGCUUUGCAAGUUGAAAUUAAUCCAUUGGUGGAAACCACAGAUAAGCAAGUUAUAGCAGUAGAUGCAAAGAUAACAUUUGAUGAUAAUGCUCAAUUCAGACAGCAGGAUUUGUUUGCUUUAGAGGAUAAUGAUAUAAAAGAUCCUAGGGAAGCAGAUGCAUCACGGUUCAAUUUGAAUUAUAUUGGAAUGGAUGGUGAUAUAGGAUGUUUAGUUAAUGGUGCUGGUUUAGCUAUGGCCACUAUGGAUAUAAUUAAACUAAAUGGUGGGUCUCCAGCAAAUUUUUUGGAUGUAGGUGGAAGUGUUAAGGAAGAUCAGGUUUAUCAAGCAUUUAGAAUUCUCAGUCAAGAUCCAAAAGUAAAAGUUAUUCUUGUGAAUGUAUUUGGAGGCAUUGUAAAUUGUGGUACAAUAGCAAAAGGAAUUAUAGCAGCAUCUCGUAAUUUCAGAGGUACUAAUGUAACAGAAGCAAAGAAACUUCUUGCAGAAAGCAAUUUGUCAAUUCUUACAGCAAAUAAUUUAGAUGAAGCUGCAAAAAAAGCAGUCACUUCUGUAGGAACAUAA